UUCACCAAAAAUGAGCCUGCAACUUGAACUGAAGAAUGUAGAUCUGCGAGCUGGAGAUCAGCUGAAACUAAAGGGAGUAAUUCUGCACGAUGCUGAGAGAUUCCAGAUCGACCUCGGCUGUGAUGCAGACGACCUGGCGCUGCACUUUAACCCUCGUUUCCAUGAUGACACAGAUGGAGCUGUGCUCGUGUGCAACUCAAAGACUGAUGGUUGUUGGGGUGACGAGAAACGGGAAAUACACAACCCCUUACAGAGAGGCGCAGACGUCAAGAUUGUACUGAAGCUGGCAGGAGACGUGUUUGAGGUGGAGCUUCCUGAUGGACAGGAAGUCCAGUUUCCUAACCGUGUUGGCAUGGACGUCAUCAGCUACAUCAGAGUCACAGGGGACUUCAAACUGACUUCCUUCAAAAUCUGCUAAAAGAUACAGCUGCUGUAACACAUGCAGACUGUGGUCAU